AUGACGGUAGUGCUUCCUCCGGCGCAGCAAAAAAUAUUUGAAAAACUCGGCUGUGAGUUUGAUGCCCGGGAGUACGCAAAGGCGCUGCGCUGCGCGGAUGCCAUAUUGGCUGUCAUCCCCUCCCAUGCCGACACCAUUGCCAUGCGCGGUCUCACGCUGCAUCAUUUGGAUCGCAGGGAGGAAGGCCAUUUGGCCAUUAAAGAAGCGAUUGAACUUAAUAUUCACUCCACCAUGGCGUGGCACUCACUUGGAAUGUGCCAUAGGACUGAGAAGAAUUAUCCUGAAGCCAUCAAGGCAUUUAAACGAGCCCAUCAAACAGAUCCCACGAACGCCAAUGUACUGCGAGAUCUGUCAUCGGUCUGUGUUCAGGUGCGGGAUUGGGAACAAUUUGUGGAGACAAGACAAAAAAUGGUGACAUUAAAAGCGGGUGUUCGUGCCAAUUGGAUUGCGCUUUCUUGUGGACAUCGAAUGAUGGGACACACAGAACUAGCCGCUGCGGUGAUUGAUGUCAUGACGAGUAUCAUGGACGCUGGAGAGAAUGUGGUGGAAAAGAGCGAGGUCUUUCUCUACCUUGUGGAAUUAGAACUUUCUCACAACGCGCCAGCACGAGCGCUUGAACUUCUUAAGAAACAUGAUGCAGAAAUUGUGGAUGAGGAAGAAAAAAUACUUUUACGAGCAAAGGCACAUGCCCUUCUUGGACAAAAGACAGAAGCAGAAAAGCGUUACAUGGAACUUAUCGGUCGAGGUCUUUCCGAGGCAGACUGUAUUGCAGCCAUUGCCCAACUUCGUAAGAUUCCAAUUGACGCCCAUCGAUGUCCAAAACGUGAUGAGGGGAAAUAUCUGGAAAUUCUCCAGCAAGUACUUAACGUUUACCCCAAGUGUGAUUAUGCCAGGCGACGCAUAUUGGAUUUUAUCCCCAUUGAGGAGUUCAAGAAACGACUUUGUGAGUAUGCAUCGACAUUUAUUAUAAAAAUGAUUCCUUCGUUGUUCAGUGUGUUGAAGUCACUUUAUAAAGAUCCUGAACGCGCAAAACAAAUUGGUGAGGUGUUUUUGGAAUGGGAAAGUGAAAUUCAACGGAAUGACUUUUCAAGUUUUGGUGGAAAGGCAAAUCCGUCAUUUCUUUUAUGGAUUUGGAUGUAUUUGUCAUCCCAUCAUUGUCGUUUGCGAGAUUUUGAUCAAGCACUUCAUUACAUUAACCUUGCAAUUGAUCACACACCAACUGUGGAAUUAUUGUACCUAAUGAAAGCCAAAAUACUAGAAAGAAAUCAACAGUUUGAUGAGGCAGCCAUGAAUGCAGACAAGGCACGUCAGUUGGACUUACAAGAUAAAUAUCUUAAUAGCAAAGCUGCAAAGUAUUUUUUCCGUGCUAAUCGUAUUGAGGAAGCGGAGGCGCGAAUGCAAAUGUUUUACAAGGCCAGUGCAGUGCCUGGUGAUACGUACCUUACGGCACUGGAUUCCCAGUGUGCAUGGUACGAGCGUGAGGUGGGUGAUGCCUUUUUUCGAAGGGGGGAUUACAUUUCCGCACUGGCAAAUUAUCUCAUGUAUGAAGAACAUCAUAUGAGAAAUCAUGUGGAGUUGUUAGAUUUCCAUAAUUAUGUUUUCCGACGGUGUACAAUGAGGUCUUGGUUUGAUGUCUUGGCCCGUGAUGAUGAUAUAAAUGGAAAUAUAUUUUUUUUAAAACUUUGUCCACGUAUUGUUCGAACAUACAUGAAGAUCCAUGAAGAAGGGGAAGAAACCGUACGUGCAAGGUAUAUUCCCCGCCCAGAACUGGAACUUUGCUCAGAUGUGGAAGAAAAUAAACAUUUAAAACAAAUUCGUAAAGAAUAUUAUUUAGAUACCGUUGAUAUUUCUAAUCCACUUCAAAAAGCCGAACGGUAUCUCCUUCCUUACCUCAGCCAUAAUUUGUUUUCCACAGAGGCACACUUGUUGGCUUUUGAAUUUUACACCAUGUUGCGAAAACCUCUUCUUGUGGCCCGUGAGGUGUUGGCAUUGGCAAAGAUGAAGUGCGCAUUGACAGCCGAUCAUAUUGCCCAAUUUGAGCGUCAACUUUUUUUGGAAAUCGCACCCCGAAUGGAUCCUCGCGUGAAGAAGGUGAUUGAUGAGGUGUUGGCCAGCGCAUGGGAAAAAAUAAAGGAGUAA